CUCGGCCGGCUGCCCCACACGCCGUCGGCGCUAUAGCAACGGUAGCUAGCAGCAGGGAGAGAGUGACGAUACGCAAUGUCUGGUCCAACUGAUGAGACUGCAGGAGACCUGCCUGUGAAAGAUACAGGUCUAAAUCUCUUUGGAAUGGGAGGGUUACAAGAAACUUCAACAACACGGACAAUGAAGUCUCGCCAGGCAGUGUCACGUAUCAGUCGUGAGGAACUGGAAGACAGAUUUUUGCGUUUGCAUGAUGAGAACAUUUUACUUAAACAGCAUGCCCGCAAGCAAGAGGAUAAAAUUAAAAGAAUGGCCACCAAGUUAAUACGGCUAGUUAAUGACAAGAAAAGAUAUGAACGGGUUGGUGGCGGCCCCAAGCGGCUGGGAAGAGAUGUGGAAAUGGAAGAAAUGAUUGAGCGGCUGCAAGAGAAAGUUCAUGAGCUUGAAAGACAAAAUGAAGUCCUCAAAAACAGACUAAUUUCAACCAAACAGCAACUUCAGAUCCAGGGUCACAGGCAAACUCCAUACAGUUAUGUGCAAUCUCGUGUUAACACUGGGCGUAGAAAAGUGAAUGAAAAUGCAGGCUUACAGGAAUGCCCCAGGAAAGGUAUUAAAUUCCAAGAUAAAGAUGUAGCGGAAACUCUGCAACCCAUGCCUACAAAACAUGGCAACAUUUUACUCGAAGAAGCCAGAGGAGAAAUAAGAAAUUUAGAAAAUGUUAUUCAGUCACAGAGAGGCCAGAUAGAAGAGUUAGAGCACUUGGCUGAGAUCCUGAAAACUCAGUUGAGGAGAAAAGAAAAUGAAAUUGAGUUAUCUCUUCUUCAGCUUCGAGAACAGCAGGCUACAGAUCAAAGGUCAAACAUUCGGGACAAUGUAGAAAUGAUUAAGCUUCAUAAGCAGCUAGUGGAGAAAAGCAAUGCUCUUUCAGUAAUGGAAGGAAAAUUUAUUCAGCUUCAAGAGAAGCAAAAAACUCUCCGGAUCAGCCAUGAUGCCCUGAUGGCAAAUGGAGAUGAGCUAAACAUGCAGCUUAAAGAGCAGCGUUUAAAAUGCUGCAGUCUUGAGAAGCAGUUACGUUCCAUGACAUUUUCUGAAAGAAAAAUAGAAGAGCUGCAGGAUAGAAUUAAUGAUUUAGAAAAGGAACGGGAACUUUUAAAGGAAAACUAUGAUAAACUUUAUAACAGUGCCUUCAGUGCUGCCCAUGAAGAGCAAUGGAAGUUAAAGGAACAGCAGCUGAAAGUACAGAUUGCUCAACUCGAGACUGCCUUAAAAUCCGAUUUAACAGACAAAACUGAAAUCCUUGACAGAUUAAAAACUGAAAGAGACCAAAAUGAGAAAAUCAUUCAAGAAAAUAGAGAACUACAGUUACAGUAUCUGGAACAAAAGCAGCAACUUGAUGAACUUAAAAACCGCAUGAAGUUUUACAACCAGGAGAGUGAUAUUAAUGCUGAUGAAUUGAGUGAAGCUCUCCUGCUUAUAAAGGCUCAAAAAUCACAAAAAAAUGGAGACCUUUCUUUUUUAGAGAAAGUAGACAGUAAAAUUAAUAAAGAUCUAGAACGCUCCAUGAAAGAGCUGCAAGCAACUCAUGCAGAAACAGUGCAAGAACUUGAAAAGACAAGAAACAUGCUAAUUAUGCAACAUAAAAUUAAUAAAGAUUAUCAGAUGGAAGUUGAGGCAGUGACCCAGAAGAUGGAAAAUUUGCAGCAAGAUUAUGAACUCAGAGUGGAGCACUAUGUCCACCUUCUUGAUACCAGGGCUGCACGCAUCCAGAAACUAGAAGCCCAAUUAAAGGAUAUUGCCUAUGGCACCAAGCAGUACAAAUUUAAACCAGAAAUCAUGCCAGAUGACUCCGUUGAUGAGUUUGAUGAAACCAUUCACUUAGAACGAGGCGAAAACCUAUUUGAAAUCCAUAUCAACAAAGUAACCUUUUCUUCUGAAGUUUUACAGGCAUCUGGAGAUAAAGAGCCUGUCACCUUCUGUACCUAUGCUUUCUAUGAUUUUGAACUACAGACAACUCCCAUAGUGCGGGGCCUUCACCCAGAAUAUAACUUUACUUCUCAAUAUCUCGUUCAUGUUAAUGACUUAUUCUUACAAUACAUUCAGAAAAAUACUAUUACUCUUGAGGUCCACCAGGCUUACAGCACAGAUUAUGAAACAAUCGCGGCAUGUCAAUUGAGAUUCCAUGAAAUUCUAGAAAAAAGUGGUCGAAUAUUUUGCACAGCAAGUUUGGUUGGAACUAAAGGAGACAUCCCCAAUUUUGGCACAGUGGAAUACUGGUUCCGAUUAAGAGUUCCCAUGGAUCAAGCAAUUCGACUUUAUCGAGAACGGGCAAAGGCUUUGGGAUAUAUAACAUCAAAUUUUAAGGGGCCAGAGCAAAUGCAAUGGUUAAGUCAGCAAGCACCCAAAACUGCUCAGCUCGGUUCUACUGAUUCCACAGAUGGCAACUUAAAUGAACUUCAUGUUACAGUAAAAUGCUGCAGCCGCCUGCAGUCCCGAGCAAGCCACCUUCAGCCACACCCAUAUGUUGUAUACAAGUUUUCUGACUUUGCAGACCAUGACACAGCCAUCAUUCCCAAUAGCAGUGAUCCACAGUUUGAUGAUCAUAUGUGUUUCCCAGUGCCAAUGAAUAUGGAUUUGGAUCGAUACCUUAAGUCAGAGUCUCUGAGUUUUUAUGUGUUUGAUGAUAGUGAUACCCAGGAGGAUAUUUACAUAGGAAAAGUCAGUGUGCCUCUGAUUUCAUUGGCACAUGACCGGUGUAUUUCAGGAAUAUUUGAGUUAACAGAUCAUAAAAAGCAUCCUGCAGGAAGCAUCCAUGUUAUAUUGAAAUGGAAAUUUGCUUACCUUCCACCAAGUGGAUCCAUAACAACUGAAGACUUAGGGAAUUUCGUACACAAAGAAGAGUCUGAAGUUGUUCAAAGACUACCUCCAACAUCGUCUGUUAGCACACUAGUUGUAGCACCAACACCUAAACCAAGACGUUUAACACCUAAAGAUAAGAAGGUAUCUUUUGUGGAUAUCACACCACAUCAGCGUUCUGAGACCUGUACUCCUUCUGAAGAUAUGAAGGAAAUUUCACCAGAAGUGGAACAUAUGCCAGAAAUAGAAAUUAAUAUGCCAACUGUUUCACAUAUUCCUGAGGUUUCUCAGGAAAGCAGUGUAGAUAAGGUAGAAGAGAAUACAGAGAAGGUGCAACAAGGAAAAGAUGAUGAUGUGUCUUUACUCUCUGAGGGUCAGCUUGCAGAACGAACUUUGACUUCUUCUGAAGAUGAAACAGAAAUAACUGAAGAACUGGAACCAGAAGAAGAAGAAGGCAGAUCAGCUUCUGACAGUGAUGAGUGUAUUAUUCCAGGUCCUAUCGCCAAGAACAUCAAACAGCCAUCAGAAAAAAUUCGGAUUGAGAUCAUAGCUCUAAGCCUUAAUGAGUCUUCAGUAACUGCAGAUGAUACUAUCCAGCGACUAUUCGUUGAGUGCCGAUUCUACAGUCUUCCUGCUGAAGAGACACCUGUGUCACUUCCAAAACCCAAAAGUGGGCAGUGGGUCUACUAUAACUAUAGCAAUGUGAUCUACGUGGAUAAAGAAAACAACCAAGCCAAGAGAGACAUCUUAAAAGCUAUACUACUUAAACAAGAGAUGCCUAAUAGAAGUGUUCUACUGUACAGAUCCAACGUAACUAUCAGCACUCCAGUGUGUAAAACUCACAGCGUUCGCUUCACUGUGGUCAGUGACCCUCCAGAGGAUGAGCAGGAUCUGGAGUGUGAGGACAUCGGCAUUGCUAACGUUGACCUCGCUGACAUAUUUCGGGAAGGGAGAGACAUCAUCGAGCAAAGUAUUGAUGAAAAAAACAAUUUUAGACAAGAAUUCAGGGAGUAUUGUACUAAUGAAUCCUUCCUGAGGAAUCUACUGGAAGAUCACCUUUGUCCAACUAAGAGAUGAAUGAGGAAACUGUUUAAAAGACUGGUGUGACACAGCAUCAAAGCCAUGAUCCAUCAAAGAAAUAACUGAUAAGCUGGACUUCAUUAAAAUUUAAAACUUCUGCUCUGUGAAAGACACUGUCAAGAGAAUGAGAAGAUAAACCACAGACUGGGGGAAAAUAUUUGCAAAAGAGAUAUCUGAUAAAGGACUGUUAUCCAAAACAUACAAAGAACUCUUAAAACUCAACAAUAAGGAAAUAAACAACCCAAUUUAAAAAGGGGCCAGAGAUCUGAACAGACACCUCACCAAAGAAGAUAGACAGAUGGGAGGUAAGCAUAUAAAAAGAUGCUCUACAUCAUAUGUUACUAUAAAACAACAAAUUAAAAUAACAGCAAGUUUCCACUAUACACUUAUUAGAAUGGCCAAAAUCUGGAAAACUGACAGCACCUAAUGCUGACAAGAAUGUGACACAACAGCAACUCUCAAGCAUUGCUGGUGGAAUGUUUGGAAGACAGUUUGGCAGUUUCUUACAAAGCUAAACGUAUUCUUAUCAUACAACCCAGCAAUCGAGCUCCUUGAUAUUUACCCAAGUGAGUUGAAAACAUAUGUCCACACAAAAACCCACAUACGGAUGUUUAUAGGAGCUUUAUUCAUAAAUGCCAAAACUUGGAACAACCAAGAUGUCCUCAAUGGAUGAAUGGAUAAAUAAACUGUGGUACAUUCAGACAACGGAAAGUUAUUCAGUACUAAAAAGAAAUGAACCAUGAAAGCCUUGAAAAGACACAAAGAAAACUUAAAUGCAUAUUACUAAGUGAAAGAAGCCAAUCUGAAAAGGCUACAUACUGUAUGAUUCCAACUAUAUGAUAUCCUAUAAAAGGCAAAACUAUGGAGACAGAGAAAAUGUCUGUAGUUACCAGGAGUUGGGGGGGAGGGAGGGAUAAAUAGGUGGAGCACAGAGGAUUUUAAGGGCAUUGAAACUACUCUGUAUGAUACUAUAAUUCUGGACACAUGUCAUUAUACAUUUGUCCAAACCCAUAGAAUGAACAACACCAGGAGUGAACCCUAAUGUAAACUAUGGACUUAAUGAUGUGUCAAUGUAAGUUCACCGAACGUAUUAAAUGUACCACUCAGGGGCUAAAUGUUGAUGGCAGGGGAGACUGUGCAUGUGCAGGGGGAAUGGGGGAAGACAAUUUUGUACUCUCUGUACUUAGCACUCAAUUUUGCUGUG